AUGAUCUUUUACAGGUUCUACACUGCAGAGAUGGUGAUUGCCCUCCAGUUUCUGCACUCCAAUGGCAUCAUUCAUCGUGAUCUCAAGCCGGAAAACAUCUUGGUGGAUAACGACGGACACAUCAAGAUCUGCGACUUCGGCCUCGCUGCUGAAGAAAUGUUCGCCGGAAAGGAGAUCAGUGGAUUGGGAGGAACACCCGGAUACCGCGCGCCGGAGAUCUUGUCAUUGGAGAAGUACGACGCUGGAGUGGACUGGUGGUCAUUCGGUGUCAUCAUGUACGAAAUGGCCACUGGCAGGCAGCCGUUUAUCCCAUCACUUGUUCCUGCUCGGGAGUUUUUUGAAAUUAAGCGGACAAAGCUGGAUUUCCCAAGUCACAUGAGCCAGGAAAUGCUGGACCUUCUGCCAAAGCUUCUGGAGAUGGACAAAAACAAACGCUUAGGAGUGAAUGGAAACAUCAGGGGGCACCCAUUCUAUGGAGGAGUCAACUGGAGUGAGCUGGAGAGCAGAACCAUGCCGACACCUUUCAAGCCCAAAAUUCCCCCAGUUGAUAAACUAAAAGUGAUCCAACCAAGAUUCAGCGCUGAGACCUCCAAGCUAGAUAAGGUGGAAGACCUCUCCGAUGUGGAUUCCAACUGGAAUUGGCAGGAGUAAAGUAUUUUCUGUGCUCAUGUGGCCUAACAUCAAACUCUCUGUGCAACAAGUGAUCAGGGCAACAUACCAUCCACGGCAAAUUCCAUCUAUGAACAUCACAUCUGCCAUCAACUGUCUACUGCAAGAGUCUGCCUGUGAACCCAACAACAUCAAUGCCACAUGGGAUCCUUAACCGACAGAAGAAGAUGCAACUCGAGUCAAAGUGCACACAAGACAUCGUGGGAGAAAACAGCACAAGUAAAGAAGAGCUGCCAGCUGGAUUUUCUUUUAUCAACAGACCCAUGGAUAAGGGUAAAACUUUAUACUGAACAUACAGCGCACUGUUAAUUACCAUCGUUCAGUAUAUUUUUUAUAAGUUCUUUAUAUGUAAGGUAAGUAAGGUAAGUAUAGGAUUAAGAAUGUAAGCUUUCUUGCUUUUCUGUCUUCCUCCAUUAUUUUACUAUUUUCCUCUGUCAUGUGUUUAGACUUUGUAUGGUAAGUUAUAUCAUAGGAUUCUUUCUUAUCUUCUCUCCUCUGCCUUUCUUUUCUUUUACCAUUUUCUUCUUUCA